AUUUUUUGCUCACAGACAACUUCUGUGUUGAGUCAUGUUCGUAUCUUGAGCGUGUUUGGUGUAACGGUCUAUAAUUGUGACUUUUGCAGAUGGGAGGCCAGUCAGACAACGUUGUUUUCUGUUGUUUAAGCAGAUGUACCUAGGAGUGUGUGGGAUUCAAUUUCUCUCAAGCAUGGUUUUAUGCACAUUGACCCUCUAACCUUACGGUUUUAUGUGCUAUCAUUUUUGCCAAUUGUUAAGCAUGCAACAUGAGCAUGUUAAUGUUUGUUGAAUGCGACUAUUGAAAGGCGAGAUAGACAAACAACACCUGUGAAGUGCGGAAGGUGAUAACAGACAGGUUCAGAGAAGAUGGAGAUAUUGGAACCGUUUUCGCAGUUAAUAGAAAGUAGAAGCAGGUGUAGAAGAAGCUGUUGAAUGAUUCUGUUUGGAUGUGGAAAAGUGAAAGUCCAACUCUUCUUUGAGAUCCACAUCAGAUGAACAAGAAAGAAACCUGGUUACUUUUAAUGAUUACGGGUGAGAAACAGCGAAACGACUGUCCGGAAGAGAAUCUGAAGCCACAGUCAAGAGCAUGAAAAAUUGUUGUACAGAGAACAUUUAGCAACUCAAAAUGAAAAUGGUGUGUCAAAUAAAUGUAUUCUUCAUCAACUAAAACACUAUGACACUGCUCUGGAAAUAAACUGGGAGGACUGAUGCAAGGACGAAACUGGUGGUCAAAGGAAGCCAAAUGAUCACUCAUUUUGUCGAACAGUAAUUGACUUGCUUUACCUGGAACCUUCUGCAUUUACGGCCUCUCUUGGUUGAACAUGAUUGCCUGUCCAAUCACCCAUAAAUCCUUCCCUCACUUCAGAAUGAAUCACUGAACACAUCACAAGCAUUUACAUGCAGCAUUUACUGAUUUGGGAAUAAUAUGGCUGUGGUCCCAGUUAAAGCGCUGGAGAAAGUGGCUUUGAUGAAAUUGUGAGUGUGGCAGAGAGACGUAAUUUCAUGCCGUUUCCAGAAUUAAGCACAUUAGUUAGGGGCUGCAAGUUUGGCACAGCAUUACAUUUUAAGCACAAAUGGACUUCGCAGUGCACAGCAGACUUGAGAUGUUACUUUUCGUACAAUCAAAAAACAUUCGUUUCAUUUUAAUAGGUUUUUUGCAUUUAAAACUUUUAUAAAAAUGGCAGCCGAAAAGCUAGUGAAUGGACUCAUUUAAAACCAGCACAAAGACCUACACGUGUACAGUCUCUGAACGUUGAACCGGAGUAUACCCAGAAAACUAUAAACGAUUCAGCACAUGAGUGUAAAGGGGGAACUGAACAACUGUGAAAUCUGCCCAGGGAGAUCUAGGGUAUGAUACUGUUUCUCAACUAGCACAACUCUUCCUUUGCCGAAAAGACGGACUGCUACUGUUGAACUGAAGGAUUUGGGGCCGUCAGAAUGGGUUGCAACAUGUGCGUGAUGCAGAAGCCUGAGGAGCAAUACCGGGUCAUGUUCCAGAAGGGACAGAUGAACAGCAUGCUGUGUUCUAUUAACGGGGAAGUUGGAUUUAAGUUAAACAGUAAAGGUUUAGCUCAGCACUCUGGGGAUCAGAAUCUACAUGCGCUGCACUGCAGGCGUAACAUGAGGUGGGCUCAGAGGAGGAAAGCAGGUGUGCCUGGAGCUGCUGGUACCACGAUCGUAAUGACUGACUGUGUGGACAGCGGGACACAGACAGAUAUCAGUUUCCAGCACAUGGUGACGUUAGGCAGACCCCUCCAUCACAACAGACCAGAAUCACCUCCUUCGCCUCCACUUCCACCCGUGCCUGAGCCGUACCUCUUCAACCAGCUACCACCUCUAGACCAUGUGUACUACGACCCAACAGAUUAUUUUGACAUUAGUCAACAUGAGGUGGACAGACAGGAUGAUCUGGAGUAUGAGGAGGUGGAACUGUAUAAAUCUUGCCAGCAAGAUAAACUAGGUUUAACGGUGUGUUAUCGCACAGAUGAUGAAGAGGAUCUGGGGAUCUACGUUGGUGAGGUAAACCCCAAUAGUAUUGCUGCUAAAGAUGGGAGAAUCCGCGAGGGAGACCGAAUACUACAGAUAAAUGGCAUGGACGUUCAGAACAGAGAGGAAGCCGUAGCCAUCCUUACCAGAGAGGACAGCACCAAUUUUUCUCUACUGUUGGCUCGACCUGACGUUGAGAACGAGGCAGAUGAUCUGGAUUUGGAGUUGGAUGUGGGCCUGGAUCUGGAAGAUUUGGACAAUGCCUCUAACUUACCCAGCCCUCAGCAUCAUAGGAAACCUAGCUCCUUGCUGAGUGACAUCAACGGGAUCCGAGGCGGUCGGCCCAACCUUUGGCAAACUGCACUCAAUAACAGCCAGGAGUUGGACAGUGGGGUGGGUCGCACUGAUGAAAGCACACGUUGCGAGGAGUCCUCCGAGCACGAUCUCCUGGUUGAUGAUGCCACCAGCGCGUGCACGACUAAUGCCACCAACACACCUGGCAGCAUGCGCAAGUUCCGCACUGCUCAACACGGAUGGGAAUUCCAUUACAGUAAUGACUCACUACUGGGGCCAGAUGGGGUGGGAGCCGCAGACCAUGGUGCACCUGAAUCACAAGGGUCAGGGACAAGCCGAGUUCUGAUGCCAGGGCUUACGGAGGAGGAAUACGAACGUUACCGUGAGCUGCUGGAGAUCCGGUGCCUUUAUGAGAAGAAUGGAAAUGCGCUUCUUUAUUUCGACAGGAAGUACCAUGGUGCGGGAGGUGAUACUGCAGUAGGUGGUGCUCCUGUAGACAUGAACUGCAACGAGAAUUUGAUGCAGCAUGAAAUUGCUCUUCUGGAGGAGGAAAUUCGACAUCUGGAGUUCAAGUGGCGCAACGUUUUGCGGGCUCAAAAGAUGCAGCAGUUGAGACAACGCUGUCUAAAGGUAUGGCCAGCUGACGAAGAGGAUGAUGAAGAUAAAGGAGCCAAGUCGAGAUGUGGGGUUGCAGAGGCGCUCCACCAUGAGCUGUCAGAUAUCAACGAGAUCCCAGAAAGGGAACGCUCCGACAAGGAGAGUACAAGUGCUUACAAUACCGGUGGGGAAAGUUGCAGGAGCACACCUCUGGCAAGUGAACGGUACCCUGGAGAUUCAAGUGCCUCUGCAACUAUGAGACCUCGGGCACCACGUCACAGAACGGGUUCAAGUAGGGAUAAGAAUCUAAACCUGCCUUCUUCAUCAGAGGCCAGGAGAAAGAAUGAAGAACAAGGAGACAGCAGGAACUCCAGUCCAGCAACAAGAGUUCGGUCAUUAUCUCGGAACGGCGGUAGCAGUAAGAAAGGCAUGGAUGGGGCACGACGUGGGUCCCAAGGGACCAUAUCUUCUGGGAUAGUCAAAGGAGGAAGGAGUGCAGAGAACAGUCCAUACCUGUCACGUCGACGCUGUGGAACCACAUUGCCUCCACGUUACCAGAGCUGCAUGCAAUUGAGGGAUAUUUCUACCAAUGACAGCUCAGACAUUAAGGACACUAACGUAGAGGUCACUGUUAACCCAACUAGUGUAAAUAGAGACUCGGCAGCUGCUCCUGCAAUUUCUCUGAGUGGACCACCACUUCCUCCAGCUUCACCUCAAAUGGAGUGGAAGGUAAAAAUCCGCAGCGAUGGUUCUCGUUACGUGGCUAAACGUCCAGUCAGAGAUCGUUUACUUAAAGCCAGAGCCAUGAAGAUUCGGGAGGAGCGCAGCGGGAUGACCACGGAUGAUGACGCAGUGAGUGAAAUGAAGAUGGGGCGGUAUUGGAGCAAAGAGGAACGCAAGCAACAGCUGCUGAGAGCUCGUGAGCAACGCCGCCGCCGCGAGUUUAUGAUGCAGAGCCGACUGGACUUCUUGAGGGAGAGAGAGAGGGAGCAGGAUUACGGAACGCAGGGACAAGCUUCAAUUCUUGAGCUCAGCCAAAAGAAGAGCAUGAAAAAACGAAGCCGCCGUAUUUUGGACAACUGGAUCACCAUUCAGGAGCUCCUGGCUCACGGGACCCGUUCAGUAGAUGGAAAGAAAGUGUACAACCCUUUGCUGUCUGUGACCACAGUUUGACAAGUGGAGCAGGUGGAGGAUCUGAAAGAAGCAGGCAGAACUAAAUGAGAGAAUUAAGUAAGGAUAGAGACCUUUAAAUGAAGAACAAAAAAGAAUUUUUUUUGGCGGUCCAUUCAGGAAACAAUUAAGAUGUAAAUGUACCUUACAAAACGGAAAAUAAGGUACAAUGCCAAAUGAAUGUAAACUUUUAACUUGUAAAUUGCUUGAAAUUUCAUAAUCACAUGCACAUGCAGACUGUUACGACAUGAAAAGAAAGCAGUUCUGACUUUGGUUUAUAAUACUAUUUUAAUCUUUUAACAUUUGUACAUGAGGGGGAGGAACAGAAAAAAAACUAAUGGUAUUUUGAUCUCAUGAUGGUGAAGAACCUAAAAGCAGGUUGACUAACUGGAAAAUAUAAGGUGGUCAAAACAGUCAAUAACUGUUACUUUUCAUAACUGUGGCGUUACCUUGAGCUUAUCUAUACCACAUUACUUAUUGAAGAACCAAAAAGCACACAGAUAACAAAAAUACACAAAAGUUCCAGCACACAAACAUAGGCACAUUGAAUGUUCAUGUCAAACACUGACAUUGGCCAAAAAAUCGGAUGCAAUGAUUGUAUAUUUUUUGGAUACAUUGGACAUUUUUAUCAUUGUUGAAUUAUGACCAGCUUGCGAACUCCCAUUUGCAGAAAUUUCUUUGAUAUUGUAAAAAUGUGCAUGUAGUCUGUAAACGUUUAACCAUUGUUGAGUGAAACUGUCGAGUGAACAUGUUGCAGUGUUGUCUUUAAUAAUUGUAUACAGGACACUUAUAUAUUGUGUCCAAAUCUUCAUAAC